CCUGCAAUUCGAUCUGCAGGAAGAAUUGCAUGAAUAAAUGUUAGAUUUGGAGCUCUGAUUUUCUAACUGUUGCUGCCACUGUGGUGGGUGCUUACUUUCUGUGUCAUUCUCUCAUCUUCCAAAUUCCCCUCUUCGCCUUUGAACUUGGCAUCCUUUCCCUUUUCACCGAGAGCUUGAUGCAAUAUAUGAGAUCUAGAUAUUGAAUCUUCGUUGUUGGUGCUUGGAUUGAACGUGGUAUUAGGGGCGUCGAGGUGGGUUUUCAUCUACUAUCAGCAAUGGACAAGUCAAGUGCUUUGGAGUAUAUCAAUCAGAUGUUUCCCAAUGAGGCAUCUCUAUCCGGUGUUGAGCCACUUAUGCAAAAGAUACAGAAUGAGAUUCGCACUGUUGAUGCUGGAAUUUUAGCAGCUGUUCGCCAACAGAGCAAUUCAAGGACUAAAGCCAAAGAAGAUCUUGCUGCUGCUACAACUGCCGUGGAGGAACUAAUGUAUAAGAUCCGAGAAAUAAAAACUAAAGCUGUACAAAGUGAAACCAUGGUUCAAGAAAUAUGCCGUGACAUUAAGAAACUGGAUUUUGCCAAGAAGCACAUAACCACAACAAUCACUGCUCUUCACCGUCUUACCAUGCUUGUCUCUGCUGUUGAACAGCUUCAGGUCAUGGCUUCAAAACGUCAAUAUAAAGAGGCAGCUGCACAGCUGGAGGCUGUGAACCAAUUAUGUAGUCACUUUGAAGCCUAUAGAGAUAUUCAUAAGAUCAUUGAACUCAGGGAGAAAUUUAAGAGCAUAAAGCAAAUUCUCAAGUCACAUGUAUUUUCUGAUUUCUCAAGCUUAGGUACUGGAAAGGAGACAGAAGAAACUAAUUUGCUCCAGCAGUUGUCUGAUGCCUGCUUAGUGGUUGAUGCGCUAGAGCCCUCUGUUAGGGAAGAAUUGGUAAAUAAUUUCUGCAGCCGGGAGCUUACAUCGUAUGAACAAAUUUUUGAAGGAGCUGAAUUAGCAAAGUUAGAUAAAACGGAGCGAAGAUAUGCAUGGAUUAAACGACGAAUGAGAUCAAAUGAAGACAUCUGGAAAAUUUUUCCUUCUUCAUGGCAUGUUUCUUAUCGGCUUUGUAUCUUGUUCUGCAAGAAGACCAGGUAUGAUAUCUUUGACAUUCUUUCUAAUCUGAAAGAAAAGCCAGAUGUGGGGACCUUGUUGCUGGCAUUACAGCGAACUUUAGAGUUUGAGGAUGAGCUCGCUGAGAAAUUUGGGGCAGGCACACAAAGCAGGGAGAUCGGGAAUGAGAUUGAAGAAAUUGGAAGAGGGGGUAAUUCUAGCAGUAGUGCUUCAGAUAUCCGGAAGAAGUAUGAAAGGAAGCUUGCUGCACAUCAAGGAAGUGGCAAUGAGGUAGGUAUUCUAGAUGUUGAAGAUGCAAAUAAAGAUUUGGCAGUGCCUGGAGCUGGGUUCAACUUCCGUGGAAUCAUUUCAUCUUGCUUUGAACCUCACUUGACGGUAUAUGUAGAAUUGGAAGAGAAGACGCUGAUGGAAAAUCUGGAGAAGCUUGUUCAGGAAGAGACAUGGGAUACUGAGGAGGGAAGCCAGAAUAAUGUUUUAUCCAGUAGCAUGCAGUUGUUUCUUAUCAUCAUCAAGAGGAGCUUGAAGAGAUGCAGCGCUUUAACAAAGAACCAGACACUAUAUAAUUUGUUCAAGGUUUUCUCAAGAAUUCUUAAAGCAUAUGCUACAAAACUCUUUACAAGACCCAAGGGGGGCACAGGAAUUGUUGCCGCUGCCACAGGCAUGGAUGGACAGAUAAG